CCAAUUUCGUUUUCUCUGAUUGAAUCUUCUCCUUUUUAUGGCGUAACGCUACACGAAUUUCAACGAUUUAGUUUCUUUUUUUGGUUGAAGAAUCAAACGCAAGGAGAGAAACAAUGUCAACGGAGACUACUACGGGGAAUUCCUCAUCGAUUCCCGCAUCAUCGUCAUCCUCCGACGCUAUCGAUCCAGCACCGUUGCUUUUAAACGGCGAGGAUAAUGAAGGAAGCAACGGAGGAGGAGGAGGAGGAGGUGGGGAACGGAGAUCUGUUAGGAGACAAGGGUUGAGAGAAGCCGCGAGGUUUCUAAGUCGUGCUAGUAGCGGACGUGUGAUGCGUGAGCCUUCUAUGCUUGUGAGGGAAGCCGCGGCGGAGCAGCUUGAGGAGAGGCAGAGCGAUUGGGCUUAUUCGAAGCCUGUGGUGGUUCUUGAUAUUGUGUGGAAUCUGGCUUUUGUUUCGGUUGCUACGGCUAUUUUGGUGAUGAGCAGGAAUGAACAUCCGAUUAUGCCGCUUAGAGUUUGGCUUUUGGGGUAUGCUUUGCAAUGCGUGUUGCAUAUGGUUUGUGUUUGUGUUGAGUAUCGGAGGAGGAAUAGGAGGAGAACCAUUAGGACGACGACGACGACUCCACGGUCACGUUCUUCUUCUUCCUCUUCAUCUUCUUCUUCCUUGGAGGAAGAUGCUUUGGGUUCCAGGAGGAAUUCAGAUGAGCAGGACUUGUCCCUCGGCCACUUGGAUACCGAAAGCAGCAGUGUUGCAAAGCAUCUGGAAUCUGCCAAUACAAUGUUUUCCUUUAUAUGGUGGAUCAUUGGAUUCUACUGGGUAUCUGCUGGUGGCCAAGAGUUGGCACAAGAAUCCCCUCGGAUUUACUGGCUGUCUAUUGUCUUUCUUGGUUUCGAUGUGUUUUUUGUUGUCUUCUGUGUUGCGUUGGCCUGUGUUAUUGGAAUUGCUGUUUGCUGUUGCCUGCCAUGCAUCAUUGCAGUUUUGUACGCUGUUGCAGAUCAGGAAGGGGCUUCAAAAGAAGACAUUGAGCAGCUCACCAAAUUCAAGUUUCGCAAAGUAGGUGAUGCUAACAAACACACUGGUGAUGAAGCCCAAGGAACUACCGAGGGAAUAAUGACUGAGUGUGGUACAGAUUCACCCAUUGAACAUACUCUAUUACAAGAGGAUGCAGAGUGUUGCAUCUGUCUCUCUGCAUAUGAAGAUGGAACAGAGCUAAGGGAACUACCUUGUGGACACCAUUUCCACUGUUCAUGCGUAGACAAAUGGCUAUACAUCAACGCGACUUGCCCACUCUGCAAAUACAACAUCCUCAAGAGUAGCAACUUGGAUCGAGAGGAAGUCUAGAAAAAAACAGCUUUACGUGUUCAUGACCCACAACAUUUGAUCAGGAGACUUGGGGUUAAGGUCUGUACAUCUAUCUGUAUCUAUCUUCUUUCACUUGAAACCAAUGUUUUGUAGUUUGUACUACCUCUUCUCAGUCGAGCUCGAAUUGUUAGAGAUUAUCAUCAUCUUAGAUCUUUAGUUAUGCGCAAUGACGAUUUUGAUUGUUAAUUUAAAGUCUUUCCAGUUUGUUCUUUCGUCCUCUUGCUUAAGUAUAGGCCUAAUGAUAUCAUUUCUAGCUCAAACAAACCAUCACUAAUGAAAAUUAAAAUUGGAA